AUGAACGAUUACUUAUGUUUAGUUCAACCCAAAGUGGAAGCUCCAAUAUCAGAAAACAAUCAAUCAUGUGUGUUUGGUCAAGAUAUUCAGAUUUCAUGGAAGUUCAGUGGCAUCGGGAAGCCACGAGUGACAUGGUUCUUUAAUGGUCAAUCACUUCCAACGAGUGAUCGCUUGCGAGUAACGGAGACUGAUGAUGGAACAUCGAUACUAACAAUUCGUCAAGCUGAACUUGGCGAUCAAGCUGUCUAUGCUGCUAGAGCAACCAAUGCUUUUGGUGAAGCUGAAGCUCAAACAACAUUAAAGAUUGAUUGUAUCAAACCUUUCAUCAAGGCUAAUCUCAAUACUGCACUGACAGUCACAAAAGGUACAACCUUGACAUUAAAACUCGUCGCCAGUGGAGCCCCGAAACCUCACAUUGUCUGGAUGAAAGACGACAAUGAACUUACACUCAAUGAUCGCAUUCAAAUGACAACACCAAUUGGUAACGAUGACAAAUACACACUGACCAUCUUAAAUGUACAACCAGAUGAUGACGGAGAAUAUUUAGCCAAGGUUUCCAACGUUGGUGGAUCACUCCAAUCCGAUAAAUGCAAAGUCAUUGUUUCGAGUAAGUCGUCUUGA